CCUUGUCAAGUCACCUCAAUCGUUCCUCUCCUCGCUCAAUAGUUCAAACUUCCGGCCAUGGCGGACGCUUCCCAGAUCCAGAUUGAUGGGAGCACUCUGGUGGCCCUUUCCUUGGCCCGCGCCGGCGUCCAGGUCAUGUUUGGGGUCGUGGGGAUCCCCGUUACCUCCGUCGCCACUCGCGCCGUCGCUGCCGGCGUCCGCUUCAUCGCCUUCCACAACGAACAGUCAGCCGGGUAUGCUGCCUCCGCCUACGGCUACCUCACAGGCCGCCCGGGCGUGUUCCUCACUGUCUCUGCCCCCGGAUGCGUCCACGGCCUCGCUGGGCUCUCCAACGCCGGCGCCAACACCUGGCCGGCUGUCAUGAUCUCCGGGUCUUGCGACCAAGCCGACGCCGGCCGGGGAGACUUCCAGGAACUCGAUCAGCUGGAGGCCGUCAAGCCCUUCGUUAAGUUCUCCGCUAAGGCCACCGACAUCUCUCUGCUCCCUCGCUUGGUUCACCAGGUGCUGAGCCACGCCGUGGCCGGGAGACCGGGCGGGUGCUAUUUGGACCUUCCGUCUGAUGUCCUCCAUCAGACGAUCUCUGAUUUCGAAGCUGAGAAGUUCUUAUCCGAGGCGGAAAACCCUAGAAUUGAGGAAAUUAGGACCGAAGAAUCCCUAGAUAUAGCGCAGGCUGUGUCUUUGUUGAGGAACGCCGAGAGACCGUUGAUAGUGUUUGGGAAAGGCGCCGCCUUUGCACGAGCAGAGGAGCCACUGAGUAAGCUAAUUGAGGCUACUGGAAUCCCCUUCCUCCCUACCCCGAUGGGGAAGGGAUUGGUGCCGGAUACUCAUGAACUCGCAGCCACUGCUGCACGAUCUCUUGCUCUGGGGCGCUGCGAUGUUGCCCUCGUCGUUGGUGCGCGCCUCAACUGGUUGCUCCACUUCGGUGAGCCACCCAGAUGGUCGCAAGAUGUCAAAUUCAUUCUUGUGGACGUCUCCAAGGAAGAAAUUGAGCUCCGAAAGCCUCAUCUUGGUUUAGUUGGUGAUGCUAAGAAGGUUCUAGAAUUGAUCAAUAAAGAGAUUAAGGAACAACCUUUCUGUUUGGGUAAAUCUCAUCCCUGGGUCGAGGCAAUUUCAAAGAAGGCAAAAGAUAAUGUGGCAAAGAUGGAAACUCAGCUGGCGAAGGAUGUUGUACCUUUCAACUUCUUUACACCAAUGAGGAUAAUAAGGGAUGCAAUUCUCGAGCAGGGUAGCCCCGCACCAAUAUUGGUGUCAGAGGGUGCUAAUACUAUGGAUGUUGGAAGAUCAGUGUUGAUUCAGAAUGAGCCUCGAACGAGGUUGGAUGCAGGAACCUGGGGAACAAUGGGAGUAGGGCUAGGCUACUGCAUAGCAGCCGCAGUGGCCUCUCCUGAAAGAUUGGUGGUGGCUGUUGAAGGGGAUUCAGGAUUUGGAUUCAGUGCCAUGGAAGUUGAGACAUUAGUGAGAUAUCAAUUGCCUGUUAUCGUAAUUGUGUUCAACAAUGGCGGUGUAUAUGGUGGAGACCGAAGAUCGCCCGAUGAAAUUACUGGACCGUACAAAGAUGACCCCGCCCCUACUUCCUUUGUUCCAGAUUCAGCAUAUCACACUCUUGCUGCAGCUUUUGGUGGGAAAGGCUAUAAAGUUGGAACUCCCGAGGAACUCAAAGCCGCACUUUCUGAAUCUUUCUCUGCUCGAAAACCAGCUGUUAUCAAUGUCAUUAUAGACCCAUAUGCUGGCUCUGAAAGUGGGAGGAUGCAGCAUAAAAACUGAAGUAGACGGAAGAUUGCAGCAUAUCAAUUCUCAGCGCAGUGCUGCACCAUGAAAUACUUUCGUUGCAUGGAAGAUUUUUGUUUAAAGCACAAUAAAUUUGUUAGCAGAGGGUGUUGUAUUUGCAUGCAUUAUAUUUUAAAUGCGUGGGACUUGUGAGCUGACCAAUAUUACAUAUCGUGUCUUGUAUCUUUGUGCCAACUUCUUGUAUUUUAAAAAGUUAAAUAAAUAUUUCACAUAAAA